UUCUUCAUCCGUUCAAAUCAUCAUCUCCUUUUAUUCCCCUUCCAUUUUUCUCUUUCUCUCUAACUAAACAAUGACAGUAAAUGCAAGCUCAGGCUCGGGAAAUUCUAAUUCCCGUGUGGAGGAAGAGUUUGUGUUGAAGUUAAGAUAUGACGAACACAGGCGGACUGGAAAGGACAGAAAGAAAAAACCCAAGAAAAGAAAAAAUAAGGAAAUUGAAGAAAAAGAAAAAGAGUAUAAUGCCGCAAGAUUUCUCUAUAAUGAAACUUCAUCCGAUGAUGAAGAAGGGAAAGUUGAAGAAAAAGAGAAAGAGUAUAAUGCCGCAAGAUUUCUCUAUAAUGAAACUUCAUGCGAUGAUCAAGAAGGGAAAGCUGAAGAAAAAAAGAAAGAGUAUAAUGCCGCAAGAUUUCUCUAUAAUGAAACUCCAUCAGAUGAUGAAGAAGAGAAAAUUAAGAGGUUAUUGCUUUCUCUCGAUGGAAAGAAACAAUCCAAAAAAAGAAAAAAACAAGCAUGUUGAAGAAAAAGAGUCGAUUAGAGAGAAAGAGGACAAAAGCACAACGUUACUUUACAAUGAAACUCUAUCCGAGCAAAGUGAACUGCCUUCUCUGAAGAGGGUCAAAACAAAGAAGCCUCCCCCUUUUUCAAAAGUGUGGAGUGAUAAAGAUGAAAUUACGGUACUCAAAGAUAUGAUUAAGUUCAAGAAAGAAACAGGCCCUGAUGCCGCACAAAAUAUGUUGGAAUUUCAUCCUCUUGUGCUUAAAUCACUUGUUCUUAAGGCUACCCGGGUUCAAUUAAGGAAAAAGGUACGACUACUGAAGAAAAAAUAUGAAAAGAGUGUUGAGACUGGAAAUGGUUAUAAAACCGUGCAUGAAGAGGUAUUGUUCCAGUUAUGUGAGAAAAUUUGGCCGGUUAAUUCCAAGUCAUCAUCUGGAACCGGGCAGCCGGAACAGCCUAAUUCAUCUGGGACUGGGCAGCUAGAACUGCCUAACUCAUCUGGAACGGGGCAGCGGGAACAACAGAAUGUACUGGUUAAUGGGCAGUGGAAGAAGCACAACCUUCCAAAAAUCGGGCCGCUGGGACAGGGGCCUAGACAACAUAUCAUUAUCCCGGAAACCGGACUGAAUGGGCAAGCCUUGGAAGCUUUGUUCGAGCGACUAUCGAAAGAUAUGGAACUUGUUAUGAAUUCACAGGCAUGUUUGCGCGGAUAUCAAAAGGAAGUUGAUAUGAAAAAGUUUGAUCUUUACUUAGAUAGUUUGAAGUUAAGGAUAAAGUUUGAGGCAUUGGUGCUGGAGAAAGCAAAUUCGCCAGAGUUGCGAGAUUCUCCAGAGCUACUGGAACAAGAAGUAAUAAGGGCCUAUCUCGAAGCGAAGCUAGAUCUCACACAACAACUUCUAAAUGCUUAUAAUAGUUUCAGUAAGGCUCCUCCUAAGAAGAUUGUUGCAUCUUCAAGUAAGAAUAGUGUCGGUUCUAAGAAGAAAGAUGAGUCGAGUGAUGACUCUAGUUCUGAGAAAGAUAGCAGUUCUGAAGAAGAGGCUCCUCCUAAGAAGGUUGUUGCAUCUUUAAGUGAGAAUGGUGUCGCGACUAAGAAGAAAGAUAAGUGGAGUGAUGAUUCUAGUUCUGAGGAAGACAGCAGUUCUAAAGAAGAGGAUCAUAGUGAUGAAGCAUGAUGGUGCCCGUCAUCUGUGUCUGCUAUCAAUGACUGAAGCUUAUGGGUUCCGCAUUCUGUAACAAACUGUCCUAGUUUUGUGUUAGCAUUGACAACUUACUUUUCUUGUUUUUUGCUA